CUUACUUGCCCGUUCAACGCCUUGCCAAGGAAGAGAAGGGAGAGAGAAGCAUCACGAGAUGGCUUCCCCUCACCAAAUCCGCAGCCCCCGGUGCUGACUCCGAGACCGAACCGGGUUCGCCAAUCCAUAAAGACCCCGCAGCUGCAGCUGGCUAGCUAGCUUGAUCCCUCCCGCCCUCCCUCUCCGCGCGCGACACGCACGCAUCGGUCGAUCGGUCCAAGCAAACCUGCCGUGUGCGCACAUAGCGAGAGAGAGGAGCAGCUGGGUAGCGAGCGAGCUGCGGGCGCUAUGCACUUCGCCGGCCGGCGGAAGUCGUCGCUCGCGGGAGCGGGCGCGGGCGCCGGGGCCGGUGCGUUCGUCGACCCGUUCGGCGCGAAGCACGCCGUGUCGUCGCUGCGCAAGGGCGGGCGGCUGCCGGUCUACGUGGCGGGCGUCUUCUUCUUCAUCUUCGUCGUCUUCAUGUACGGCGAGGACAUCCGGUCGCUCACUCUCCAGCCGCUCACGCGCGUGUCUCCGUCCGUGCCGGCUGCCUCGGGCGAAGGUGGACACGUCACUGUACCCCGGCGAGAAAUCUCUUCUUCACAAAAGGCAGCCGUGUUGCAUCGCUACGACGAGAAGCCGAAGCCUGAGGUGAAGGAAACGGUGCGGGAGGUCCAGAAGGUCGCAGCCGAGACCAAGAGCAAGAAGCCCAAGAAGCCGAAGAAACCGAGGAGGCAGCGCGCGGCGAAGAAGACGGUGGUGCCACCCGAGCUGAACGUGCCGGAGACGUGCGACCUGUCCAAGGGCCGGUGGGUGUUUGACAACACGAGCUACCCGCUGUACCGGGAGGAGGAGUGCCAGUUCCUCACGGCGCAGGUCACGUGCAUGAAGAACGGCCGCCGCGACGACACCUACCAGAAGUGGCGGUGGCAGCCGAACGACUGCUCCAUGCCCAGGUUUGACGCGAAGCUGUUCAUGGAGAGGCUCCGGGGCAAGCGGUUCAUGUUCGUGGGGGACUCGCUGAACCGGAACCAGUGGGAAUCGAUGGUGUGCCUGGUGCAGUCGGCGAGUUCGCCGGGGAAGAAAUACGUGACCUGGGAGGGCCAGCGCGUCGUCUUCCACGCCGUGGAGUACAACGCGACGGUGGAGUUCUACUGGGCGCCCUUCCUGGUGGAGUCGAACUCUGACGACCCCAGGAUCCACAGCAUCCAGCACCGGAUCAUCAAGGCGGACACGAUCGCGGCGCACGCCGAGAACUGGCGCGGCGUCGACUACCUCGUCUUCAACACCUACAUCUGGUGGAUGAACACGCUCAACAUGAAAGUCAUGAGACCGGCCGGGCAGAGCUGGGAGGACCAUGACGAGGUCGUGAGGAUCGAGGCGUACCGGAAGGUGCUGACAACGUGGGCGAACUGGGUGAACGAGAACAUCGACCCGGCGCGCACGUCCGUGUUCUUCAUGAGCAUGUCACCUCUCCACAUUAGCCCGCAGGUGUGGGGCAACCCGGACGGCAUCCGGUGCGCCAAGGAGACGAUGCCACUGCUGGACUGGCACGGCCCGCUGUGGUUGGGCAUGGAUUGGGACAUGUUCCACGUGGCGAACAACGUCUCCCGCGUGACAUCGCCGCGUGUGCCCAUCACAUUCGUGGAUAUCACGACCAUGUCGGAGCGGCGCAAGGACGGGCACACGUCGGUGCAUACCAUCCGGCAGGGCAAGGUGCUGGGGCCAGAGGAGCAGGCCGACCCCAACACCUACGCCGACUGCAUCCACUGGUGCCUCCCCGGUGUGCCCGAUAUCUGGAACCUUAUACUCUACACCCGGAUACUGUCAAGGCCAGCAAUCCAGCUCGAGUAAAACAAAUAGAACAGAUAAAAAAACUCCAGAUCAACUCUAUUCAUCGGCUGGCAAUGGCACCGUCGUUCUAAAAAGAAUUUUUCUCCUUUUUUUCUUUCACAUUCUCUCUGGCCUUUUACCUGUCGAAAGAUGCCCUUGUUAUUUUAGGGGGUAGGUUAAGUGAAAAGAGAUUGUAAAUGGGCUGUGAUGUGGAGUUCCUCCUGAUCGAUCAAACUGUAUAUUUUGGGGGAAAAAUUUAAAUGAAAGAGAUAAACAGAUAUGGUUUACGCAGAAA